AUGGCGCUUCCUUCCUCGCAUCAGAAAGGCCGGUCGGUCCCACGAAACAUUCAAACGAACCUGACGCCGAAUGAGGGCCGGCAAAGCGCCACCGACCUCAAUCGCCCUCUACCUCCACCUCCCGCCUCUGCCUCCAUUGAGACCUACGAGAUCCCGAGUCUUCGGAGAAAGCCUGUCCCUGGCCAGCUGGAACCCGAGUCGUCCAAGCCCAGCCACAACCGGUCGUUCAGUCAUCCAUUUCCUUCGAUAUUUGGUUCUAAGAGAUCCGAGAAGAAGCACAGUGCUCGGGGAGAACCCGAGGGUAUGUCGAGUGGUGGCAAAGAUACCCGGCAGGAAGAUAACAAACAAAAAUCGGCCACUGCUGAAGGAUCUGCACAUCGUGGUGAACGACAGCCUGUGACGGGAAAAUGCAUGACCUGCGACUCGACUGUACGAUGGCCUCAAGGAUUGAAAGUGUUCCGAUGUACGACUUGUUUGACGAUCAACGAUCUCGAGUUUAAUCCGGAGGGAGGAGCCACUGAUGGCGCGAACGGCCCUGGGCUACCUCGUAGACCAUCGACGUUGUCCCUGGAAAGGACAAGAUCACUUCUUGAUCGAUGCGUGAAGGAAUAUCUCGAACGACUUCUCAAACCAAACAUCGAACAUGAACAGGCGGUUGAGCUGCAAUCCCACUCACUGGUCGAAGAAUCAUUUUUGCUGGCAGGCACUUCUCCAGAAGGAGCUCUCUAUGGAGAGCUUCAUGAUGAGCUAGACUCUCCUCCACCUUCACCGGGUCCAGCCAUGAAACCACGGAGCCCCUCAGAGUCGACCUUGACCGCGUUCAAAUCAAAGUCAAACGGACAACCUCCAUUUGUUCAAGGACAUUCCUCGGACCCAUUCUCAAGCUCAGUCCCAACGCAAGCCCGUCCUCCAGAGAGCAAGGGACAUGAUGCAAAGUCCAAUACUCCCGGAACGACAAACGACAUCUUCCGCAUGGUCGAGAAUUAUAUAGCUACUUCUUUUGUCGGGUGCGCAAGUCUCAACAACUCAUUCCUGACUCCAAGACCUCCGCAGGAGUCAAAGGCCAGAACAGGAUCCAGCACGCACCAACGACGACAAAUGUCUGAACCUCUGUCGGCCCCACACUUUGAAUCAGAUGUGUACCUGUCCGAUCUGGACGCCAAAACUUUGCUGUUGGGAGAUGUCGCUGAAAAUGGAUCUUGGUGGUUGGGAGCACCAGGGGGGCGAACCGACUCAACUCAUCACCGAGACCGCUCUCCCGAUAAGUUUCGUGGCUCCAGUAGCUCGCGCAACCCCAGAAUCAACUGGCUGGAGCUCUCCGAGUGGUAUCGUUGCAUAAUAUACGCCGGCGAGGGAUGGGAACACAGCUGGAGCGAAAUGAAGUCCCACGCUGAGGGCAAGGUGCAACAGUAUUGUCAGUCGCUACCCUUCGAGAGUCUGCAGCGAGACAUCAUCGAAUCUCGUAUUCAUCUCCACCGAUGCUUGUUGAAAAUGACCGAGAAUCUACUGAAACGGCCCAGGCAACCUCUGAAGCAUCCAGAAGAUUGUCGAUUUCUUUUGAUAUUGCUAUCGAACCCACUGCUGACUCCGCAAAGACUUGAAGCUGGGAAGAUAUCCAGCACUCCCUUGUCACACCCACCUACGUCAGCCAAACCAAAUGACGAUAGAGCAAGAGGCUCCCCAGCCAGACGUAUUCCGAGCUCUGGUCGCCGGCCUGGAAGCCUUGGUCAUCAUUCAGGGAUCAUCAAGCGCAUUCUAGGCCUUCUGGCUAACUCGUCCAAUGAAAUACACCAGUGCCUUGUUUCUUGGUUUGCCAAAUAUUCUGAUGGCCACUUUCAACGCACUGUGGAGCUCGUCGGCAGUUUCGUCACGUACCGCUUGUCACGGCACCAAAAGCGUCCUGUACACGAGGCGGUCAAUCCUACGGCGGGUCUUGUUCCCAGUUUCUCGGGCAGUGGCAUGCAACAUGCGUCCCAGAUCCAUGCAGCGCUGGGAGGUCGACCCUCGUCUACAACGGGCGGCGACAACGAGGGCAAGCCUAAACUCUCCUUGUAUGGAGAAGACUGGCAGGUUCGAGCCGCAGCGAGGGUAAUGGCUCUCCUAUUUCAAGCAAACAUUGGACAUGCGGCUCGAAAGAAAGACGCCCACAAUACCCACGACCAAAGGCAUCACAGUCCGGGUCAAAAUGCUAGACACCAGGCAAACCGUCACGGUCAGAUCGUACCCAUCAGCAACUUCUACAAUACAAUGCUGGAUUAUGCAGACUUGGUUGCUGAUUUUGAGACCUGGGAGACAUCAAAGUCUAAGUUUACCUUUUGCCAGUAUCCCUUCUUUCUCAGCAUCUACGCCAAGAUCCAUAUCCUUGAACACGAUGCUCGGAGGCAGAUGGAACUCAAGGCCAAGGAGGCAUUCUUCGACAGCAUCCUAAGUAGGAAAGCGGUCAGCCAAUACCUCGUGUUGAAGGUUCGUAGAGAAUGCCUGGUCGAAGACAGCCUGCGCAAUGUUUCCGAGGUCGUGGGGUCUGGUGGCAGCGAGAUCAAGAAGGGUCUGCGCAUCGACUUCCAGGGAGAAGAGGGCGUUGACGCCGGAGGCCUUCGGAAAGAAUGGUUUCUCCUCUUGGUGCGGGAGAUCUUCGACCCCAACCACGGUCUCUUCGUGUACGAUGACGAUUCCCACUUUUGUUACUUCAACCCUUACUGCUUCGAAUCCUCGGAACAGUUCUUCUUGGUCGGGGUGCUCUUGGGGCUGGCCAUCUACAAUUCGACCAUUCUGGACAUUGCAUUUCCUCCUUUCGUCUUCAAGAAGAUGCUCGCGUCGGCCCCGCUGACGGGGGACAAAAUCUCAUCCACGCCGAGAGUUGGCCAUAGCUACACGUUGGAGGAUUUGGCAGAAUUCCGCCCGGCACUCGCACGGGGUCUCCGGCAACUUCUCGAGUUUGACGGUGAUGUCGAAGAGACGUUUUGCCGAGAUUUCGUUGUGGAGAUGGAGCGCUACGGCGAAAUAAUCCAGGUUCCCUUGUGCCCGGGCGGAGAGAAGCGGCCGGUGACGAACGCCAACCGACGAGACUUUGUCGAUAUGUACAUCCAUUAUCUCCUCGAUACGUCGGUCACUCGACAAUAUGAGCCCUUUAAACGCGGCUUCUUUACUGUCUGCGGCGGCAAUGCGCUUUCGCUGUUCCGACCAGAGGAGAUUGAAUUGCUGAUCCGAGGUUCUGACGAGCCGCUGGACAUUGCCAGCCUCCGUGCCGUCGCAACCUAUGAAGGAUGGCCAAAGAAUGAGGGCCCGCCCGACAAACAGCCUCAGGUCAUCUGGUUCUGGGACUUUUUUGGGCGAGCCAGUCCAGGCGACCAGAGAAAGAUACUGACUUUCAUCACCGGCAGCGACCGGAUUCCCGCCAUGGGGGCAACGAACCUGAUCAUUCGCAUCCAGUUGCUCCGGACCAAGGACGAGGUGGAUGGUCUUGGCCGGGCGCCUAGAACGAGCGUUGAGCGCUUUCCGAUCGCCAGGACGUGCUUCAACACCUUGAGCUUGUACAGAUAUAGCAGUCGUCAAAAGUUGGAGCAGAAGCUUUGGACGGCCGUUACGGAAAGUGAAGGGUUUGGAUUGAAGUGA